UUGUCAAUCGCAGCUCACACAAAAUUGUGAAAAGAUGGACGGAGGUAACAAUUGCGGUAGUAUAGGUGGUAUCAUGAAUAACAAACAGAGGACAAUGCUAUCUAACAAAAGUCGUGUCGAAUGCGUCCGCAAUCAGAGAAAAGACUCUGAGGGCUUCUCUGAGUCUCCUGAUCUGGAAUUUGAGUAUUCAGACACUGACAAGUGGGCCGCUGAGCUCUCUGAGAUAUACAGUUAUACUGAAGGACCUGAAUUCCUACUGAACAGAAAAUGCUUUGAGGAAGACUUCAGAAUUCAUGUGACGGAUAAAAGCUGGACGGAGUUAGAUGCAGUGCAGCAUCGAGCCCAUGCCAUGCGGCUCCUGGAUGGACUAGAGGUGACCGCACGGGAGAAGAGACUGAAGAUCGCCAGAGCUAUACUCUACAUCGCACAGGGCACUUCAGCUGAGUGUGCGUCUGAGGCGGAGGUGCAGCACUGGAUGCGGUACAAUGCCUUCCUGCUCCUCAGCGUGGGCACCUUCUCCGCUCUGGUGGAGCUCCUCAACAUGGAAAUCGACAACAGCGCUGCCUGCAGCAGUGCGGUGAGGAAACCCGCCAUCUCUCUUGCAGACAGCACCGACCUGAGGAUUCUGCUUAACAUCAUGUACAUCAUGGUGGAGACGAUACAGCAGGAGGAGCCAAUGGACAGCCCCGAAUGGAAAGCAGCAAGAGACACUUUCAAAACCGAACUGGGCUCCCCUCUUUACAACAAUGAGCCAAUGUCAGUGAUGCUCUUUGGGAUGGUGACCAAGUUCUGCAGCGGUCAUGCUCCACACUUCCCAAUGAAGAAAGUGCUGCUGCUGCUGUGGAAAAUCAUUCUGUUUACUCUGGGUGGCUUUGAGCAGCUGCUGAACAUUAAGGUCCAGAAGAGGGGUGAGCUGGGGCUCCCACCCCUGCCAGAAGACAGCAUCCGCGUGGUCCGAAGCAUGCGAGCCGCCUCCCCUCCCGCCUCCACCUCGGAUCUGCUGGAGCAGCAGCAAAAACGUGCUCGUCGAGAACACAAGGCCCUGAUCAAGCAAGACAAUCUUGAUGCCUUUAAUGAAAAGGACCCUUACAAAGCAGACGACGCCCGUGAAGAUGAGUAUGACAACGAUGACGGCGAGAAUGCCAUGGAGCCCGAGAGUUUCCCGCUGGAACGCGAUGAGGUCAUGCCGGUUCCCCUUCCACAUCCACCAUGUGAAAGACUGUCAUUCCCCAAGGGUCUGCCCUGGGCUCCCAAAGUCAGGGAAAAAGACAUCGAAAAUUUUCUGGAAUCAAGCAGAAGUAAAUUUAUUGGAUACACUCUUGGAAAUGACAUAGAUACCGUAGUUGGCCUGCCAAGACCGAUUCACGAAAGCAUCAAAACUCUGAAGCAGCACAAGUAUGUCUCCAUAGCAGAGAUUCAGAUGUCCAAAGAGGACGAGUAUCAAAAGACGCCACUCUCUGGGGGCGAGGAGAUGAUUGACAUGUGUGCCACUGAGCUGCUGUACCAAGGAAUUCUCCCCAGUCUGCCACAGUACAUGAUUGCUCUGCUGAAAAUUUUGCUUGCUGCAGCUCCUACUUCAAAGGCCAAGACAGACUCCAUUAACAUCCUGGCUGAUGUGCUACCCGAAGAAAUGCCCACCACCGUGCUGCAGAGCAUGAAGCUGGGGGUGGAUGUUAACCGGCACAAGGAGAUCAUCGUGAAGGCCAUCUCAGCCAUCCUUCUGCUGCUUCUUAAGCAUUUCAAAUUGAACCAUGUUUACCAGUUUGAAUACAUGGCUCAGCACCUGGUGUUCGCCAACUGCAUUCCUCUUAUAUUGAAAUUCUUCAAUCAGAACAUCAUGUCUUACAUCACCGCAAAGAACAGUAUUACUGUGUUGGAUUUUCCAUACUGCGUGGUAAAUGAACUUCCAGAGCUCACCGCUGAAAGUUUAGAAGCGGGGGAAAACAGCCAGUUCUGCUGGAGGAACCUCUUCUCCUGCAUAAACCUGCUCAGGAUCCUAAACAAGCUGACUAAGUGGAAGCACUCCAGGACUAUGAUGCUGGUUGUGUUCAAGUCUGCUCCCAUCCUGAAGAGGGCGCUGAAGGUGAAGCAGGCCAUGAUGCAGCUGUACGUGCUGAAGCUCCUCAAAGUGCAGACCAAGUACCUGGGCCGCCAGUGGAGGAAGAGCAACAUGAAGACCAUGUCCGCCAUCUACCAGAAAGUCCGCCACAGACUCAAUGACGACUGGGCUUACGGCAACGCAGACCUGGAUGCACGGCCGUGGGACUUUCAAGCAGAAGAGUGUGCUCUGCGCGCCAAUAUCGAGCGGUUUAACAGCCGCCGCUAUGACAAGAAUCAGACCAACCCUGAAUACCUGCCUGUGGACAACUGCCUCCAGAGCGUUCUUGGACAGAGUGUGGACCUGCCAGAGGACUUCCAAAUGAACUAUGACCUCUGGCUGGAGCGGGAGGUGUUCUCCAAACCUAUUUCCUGGGAAGAACUCCUGCAUUAAAGGUCCAGUGCUCCAGUAGAGUUCAGUAGUUACUUUCCAAAACAAUGUUGCUGUCCAUUCACAACUUUCUUUGAGCAUUAACUUUUCAUUGAAAUACAUAUACUGAUAUUUGUCUCACCAGAGUAGGUUUUGGAGCCAAAGCUGUCUAACGGGUCGUUCAAAAUGGUGGGUUUACAUGGAGAAUAUCCAUGCAAAUUUGCAUGCCAUACGCUAGGGACACAUAGCAGGUGAAAUGAGCGAAGCAAAGAGAGGCUAAAUUCAGUGUUCCAUUCUGACAGCUCAACUGUCACCUGGUCCUCACGAUGAAUCAAAUGGAAUGGAACAGUUAUGCUGCUGAGUUGAUUGGCCGCCGCAGGCGAAAGUCGCUCCUCAUUUGCAUGAUAUUAAACUUGGUUUAAUAAUUUUGCUUCGCUUCGCUCCUGUUAGCUUGCCUUUGCCUCCCUCGUAAGAAUGAAUGGCGAAGUUCGCUUCGCUCGACCAGAUUUGUGUCAUCGUGUUCUUGAAUGUUGUUGACGAUUGUGAGUGGAUAGCAUACAUCCUGGAAAUUAACUACUAAGAAUUACACAGCCUGUCUUGGAAGACAAAGCUGUGUAUAACUUCUUCCAAAAGACCCAGAAACAAUGGAAGAACCAGUUGGACCUCAUAUUUUGUGUAAUGGAUACCCCUAAAAGCCUUAUAGUUGACACAUUUUGCAUGCUAUCUCAUUUUAAUUCAUAAUUGACAUAUUCACUUAGCACACAAACUACAAACUACGAUUGGCCUUUUAUAUAUCUUUUUUUUCUUGCUAGUGUUUGGAGCUCUGGGUGCUUCAGUACAUUCCAAAAAUGCUGGUAAGGUACAGGAUGACAACAUUGGAAUAUUGGAACAUUUUUUUGUUACUGCUUCUUAAAAUAUGCAUUCUAUUCUAUUGGCUACAUUCUAUUGGUGGAACCUGCAGCCUCUAGUGCUGAUGCCCCCUGGUAUCAAGCAGCUUUUCUGUGCUUUGUGCUUUUUAACAAUUGUGUAGGUUGUUGCUAAAGAUAAGAUUUACAACAGACACCUCUUGACCUGUGACACUACAACUUUGUGACCUGAGGAUAGGGACUUGUGGGGACCGUGUGCGUGUGUGGGUUUGUGUGUACGCUUUUUUAAAGACAAACUUUUGCUACUUACAGUAUGUUGUCCACUAGUGGCUUCCUGUUUUUUUUGUUCUCUGGUAUUUUAAGGUAUAUUGUUAAUAGAAAGCAAUGUUUUGUUUUGAAACCUGAAUUUGUAAUCCUGUGUUUUAAAAAGGUUAGUGGAUUUCCUAAUUUGACGAAAAUCUCCCAAGUUGAUGAUUUCCAGGAACAAAAACCCAUACGCGUAUUCCAUACUUAGUUCCCAUUCCUCACUAUGAUCUUGUAAUGAAUGGUUACUGGUUUUAUACUGUAGAUUUAUCCUUUGAAAUGAAUCCUUAACAACAGUUACGGUUUAUGAUGUCAGUUAUCCACUAUAUAAUUUGCCUCUUUAUAUAUGUAAAUAAAAUGUGCUUUGCCUCUGGAUACCCUA